GUCCGUAUAUAACCCUUAGUUGUUCAUCGUACCUUGGUUAUGCGGCCACUUAUCGGCCCUUGGUGCAUUUGAAACGUGAAAGUUCUACCACGCGAGUAAAAUGCAGACCAUCGGGAACCGUAUAACGGCACCGUCGCGCCAGGCCGAUCAACGCAUGGCCGUGGCAUCCACCGGUCGCUUAAGCGUUCGCCCCAUCGUCGUCAACGCAUCGGCGUUUGGCGUUAGGAAGGCCGCGAACCAGCUGCUGCGGGAGCUCAGGCGCACACGCCCUGCAACGCGCAAGGUUUCCUGCGCAGCUGUUCCUGGAGUUCAAAGCACUACUGCGACUCCGCUGGACAUUGUAUUCGUUGCAGCGGAGGUUGCACCAUGGAGCAAGACCGGUGGUCUGGGUGAUGUGACUGGGGGCCUGCCCAUCGAGCUCGUUAAGCGUGGACACCGCGUCAUGACCAUUGCACCCCGUUACGACCAAUACGCGGAUGCCUGGGACACUUCCGUUGUCAUCGACGUAAUGGGCGAGAAGGUGCGGUUCUUCCACUCCAUCAAGGAAGGUGUACAUCGCGUGUGGGUGGACCAUCCAUGGUUCCUGGCCAAAGUCUGGGGCAAGACGGGGUCCAAGCUCUACGGCCCGCGCUCUGGAGCCGACUUCUUGGACAACAACAGGCGCUUUUCGCUCUUCUGCAAGGCCGCUAUCGAGGCCGUCCGUGCGCUGCCGUUCGGUCCGGGCGAGGAGUGCAUCUUUGUUGCCAACGACUGGCACUCUUCGCUGGUGCCCGUGAUGCUGAAGGAGGUGUACCAGGCCAGCGGGCAGUUCAGCCGCGCCAAGAGCGUGCUGGCCAUCCACAACAUCGCCUUCCAGGGCCGCAUGUGGGAGGAUGCGUUCGCGGACAUGCAGAUGCCGCCCAGCGCCUUUGACAAGUUCCAAUUCAGCGACGGCUACCCCAAGGUCUACACGGAGGCCACCCCCAUGGAGGAGGAGGAUCUGGCGCCGCUCACCGGCCGCACCUACCGCAAGAUCAACUGGCUCAAGGCCGGCAUCCUCAGCGCCGACAAGCUGAUCACCGUGUCGCCCAACUACGCGGCCGAGAUCAGCGCCGACCCCGCGGGGGGCGUGGAGCUGGAUGACGUGAUUAGGUCCCGCGGCGGCAUUGAGGGCAUUGUCAACGGCAUGGACAUCGAGGAGUGGAACCCCAAGACCGACAAGUACCUCGCGCUGCCGUACGACCAAAACACCGUGUACGCCGGCAAGGCAGCUGCCAAGGAGGCCCUACAAGCCGAGCUGGGUCUGCCCGUGGACCCGACCGCUCCGCUCUUCGCCUUCAUCGGCCGCCUGGAGGAGCAGAAGGGCGUGGACAUCAUCCUGGCGGCGCUGCCCAAGCUGCUGGCCGUUCCCAAGGUGCAGGUCGCGAUUCUGGGCACGGGCAAGGCGGCGUACGAGAAGAUGGUGAAUGCCAUCGGGCUCAAGUACUCGGGCAAGGCGAUGGGUGUGGUGAAGUUCUCCGCCCCGCUGGCGCACAUGUUGACUGCGGGGGCGGACUUCAUGCUGGUGCCCAGUCGCUUUGAGCCGUGCGGGCUGAUCCAGCUGCAUGCCAUGCACUACGGCACGGUGCCGGUGGUGGCGUCCACGGGCGGGCUGGUGGACACUGUGAAAGAGGGCGUCACGGGCUUCCACAUGGGCGCCCUGAACACGGAGCGGCUGGACGAAGCGGACGCGGAAGCGCUGGUGGCUACCUGCCGCCGCGCCGCCGAGGUCUUCGCCACACCCAAGUACGCCGACAUGGUGUACAACUGCAUCAGUCAGGACCUCAGCUGGGCUCGGCCCGCGCAGAAGUGGGAGGGCGUGCUGGAGGAGCUGUGGCACGGUGUCAGCAACGGAGCCAGCGUCGCAAGCGGGGUCAACGGCGCGGGUGCGAGCGCGGGCGCGGGCGCGUCGGACGCGAUUGCGGCGGCGACGGCGAAGAAGACGGAGGUCAGGGUUCCUGUGCAGGAGAAGAUUCCCGGCGACUUCCCAGCUGUGGCGAGGUCGUCAAAUGUACGGCGCGCGGAGACGGGUGCGGCGGCGGCGGGUGCUGCGCCGGUGACGGCGCCGCCGAUGGGAGCCUGGCGGGCGCCGGCGGCGCCGGCGGUCACUCCGUACACGGCCGUAACGACGCCGACGACAGCGCCGCCGACGCCUAAGCCGGCUGUGACGCCCGCGGCGGCGCCUGCUGCCCCCACCGCCGUACCUGCUACGGCCAUCAGGCCUGCGGCUAGGCCGGCUGUGGCCAGGCCGGCUGAGACGGCCGCUCCGGCGACUAACGGCGCGAGUGCUGCGGCUGCCGGCGGCAACGGUGUCAGCGCUGAUGGUGUGAAGCCUCCUGCCGCCGCUGGCGUCGCGGCGGCGGCGAAGCCAGCGGCGGCGGCGUCUGAGAAUGGCACGGGUGAUGGCGCGGCGGCGACGGCGCCGUCGGUGCCUCAGGUGUCAUCCUCGGUCCGCUCCCUUGCCUCCUCCCGCAAGGCUGCCUGAAGCGGGUAGGGAGCCGAGAUGAGCUGAGACGUGCUGCCGUGGUGCAGCAUGAGGAUGUAGGUCCCCACCGUUGCUCUUGGCAUGUGUACGUCUGCUUUCGCAGCUGGCUUGGCAUUGCGUGACGGAAGUGUGGCGUGGCCGGGAUGUGGGAUUGUACUCGAGUUUCGAGGAUGCUUGCAUGGUGAGGUUGUUUUAAGCAAACCUGAUGACCUGGGGUACAACGUUGGCCCCUAGCCGGGUGCCUGUACAUCUUUGGGCUCGUGUUGGCCCUACGUAGAAAGCUCAAAGUAUGCUAAACGGGGAAGCGAAGGAGAAGAGUUUACAAGCAAAGCAUGCACCUGUGAUUUUUCCGAUUUGUGGGCUAGGGUAGCCGGUAGCCCAUCCUUCUACAGUCGCGCUCUUUGCUGCCGAUUUUGUGUUUUGUGUGACAGCCGGCUGGCUGUGUUGGCUUUCGCUGCUGUUGUUUGGUAGCUCUGGUGUGUUUUAAUCACACACGCACAGACGCCUAAGGAAAUACACACGGCCGAACCGUUAUGCCGAGACCGUGCAGCUGCGUGGCGAGUGGGUUUUCACGCACGCACCUCGACCCUGGUCGCUGCGUGCAAUUUUGUAGGAUGCUGGUGCUUCCGCCGGUUGACGUUCUGCUGUGCAGCCGCUGUAGCCGUAUGCGCUUACGGUGCGGUACGGUGCGUAUAAAGGGGGGUAUAGAGCUGAGAUGAAGGCGGCCCUGUUGCGGGGAGGAACGCUCGGGAGCUUUUUCUGUUUUUUUUACGGCCGUAUUAUAAUUUCUUACCUACUAUCUGUACGGUUUGGGGUGUGUUGGGCUGUACAGCUGAAGGCCUUUUGUUGUCCGAGUGUUUCAACAGUUCAAGCCAUAGAUUGUGGCGGCUCGGGAAAGUCGUUUUGUUUGUUGCACGCCUCCUUUACAAUUAUGAAUACGAUUGCGUGUACGGCAUGUGUCAUCAGAUGAAGAAGUAGCAAUGCUGAAGAAUACAUGUAGGCAGGGUUCAUGCAUCGCUUUGUUUCGGAUUUGUUUCGGAGGUCCACCGCGGGUUUGGGGACACACUGGUAUUCAAGGUAUGGAAUGCGGAGGAGGGGGCAGGUGGUACGCAUGGCAAAACAUUUCGUUUUGGAGAAGAAGGUCGGUGACUGAGGUAAUGAUAGUGCAGCACACCUGAGC